UGGGAUUCACGUGAUCAAAGAACAAACAACUCGAACUGGAAGAGUGGAGAUCUUUAAAACAGCUCGUUCUUCAGGGUCACGUUAAAGACCAUCAGCAACACACAGGGGAGCUGGUGAUGAUUUAGGACUCGGCCCGGGGACGAGACCCGUCAUGGCGGAGGUCAGGCUGCGGCACGGCACAGGAGCCGGAAGCCUGUGCCUCCAGUAAGAGAAGGAUGGAAGUGUGCGCAGUGUUUCGAGCAGGCCGCAGGUACGGCGUAUCACCUGGCAGGUGUGUAAACGUGUGGCGAUCGUACAGAACCUUGAGCACUGAGGAAAUCCCACUAUACCGAAUGAAAAGUGCUUAUUACGACAUUCUGCAGGUUUCUCCGAGCGCCACUCAGGCGCAGAUCAAGACUGCGUACUAUAAACAGUCCUUCAUUUACCAUCCGGAUAAAAACGCAGGCAGCGAACACGCCGCGUCGCGAUUCUCCCAGAUCAGCGAGGCCUACAGCGUGCUGGGGAAUAAAACCUUACGCAAGAAGUACGACGGCGGGUUUCUGAGCGAGGCCGACGUGCGGGGAUCCAGCAGACCCGCUGCGACCAAAGACAUGACGAGCGGAUCCUCGAGCCACGUCCAGAGGAACCGGCGCUCCCCGGAGGUCACUGCUCAAUCGCAGACGGUGUUCGAUUUCGACACUUUUUACCGCGAGCACUACGGAGAGCAGCUGCAGCGACAGAAACACAUCCGAGCUCGACUUCAGGAGAUCAAGAGGCAGAAAGAAGAAGCGUUUCAGGACAGAAAACUGGGCCUCGCGUCUGAAAUAGCUGUAGGCGUCAUGCUAGCUGUCGCAGCGGCCAUACUGUUCGGUAUGAAGUCAAAGGGAUGACGUCAUAAUCCGUCUCCCGGUGUUUAAUCACAACACCGGGACGUGUUCCGUCUGCCCUCUGCCCAGUCUCACGAAUAUUUAUUCACCUUCACAUCACAAUAACUACCAACAAUACAUCGGAGAAAUCAGGGGGUGAAGACGAAAAGGUUAUUUUUAAGUAAUUUGUGAUGGAUUCUGGGUUUUUGUGGUUUCAGUGAAAUACAGGAAUUAUAUUAUUAAUUAAUCUGAAUUAAUAUAAAUCAUACACGUGACACAAUUCACGUAUCAGCAGAGCUCACGUUAAUUCAUUCAGUGUCACACACACACACACACACACACGCACGAAAGGGACAUCAGGUGUUUAAGCCUGUAGUAACUGAUAUGAUGAUCGAGUCUGAGACUAAAUAAAUCUCUGUAACAGAA